AUGAGGAACCUCUCAGUCGCCUUUUUGGCUAUCGUGCUCAACUUGACCAUUGGCCAUGUCUCUGCAUUCUGGCGUAUGGUCUGCGGAACCGUUCAGGUUGGCAGAGUCGACCCCAUCGUCAACCCCGGCGGGGUUUCCGGUCACUGUCAUACCAUAGCUGGACCAAACAACAUCAACACGACCUCGACGUUUGACAGUCUCCAAGCCUCUUACUGCACUUCUUGCAGCAUUCAACAAGAUAAGAGCGCCUACUGGACCCCAAAUCUGUACUAUCGGCACCGCAAUGGAACCUUUGAGGAAGUCCCGCAUGACGGAACUGUCGUGUACUAUUUGGACCGUGGCGUGGAUGUCGCUAACAUGGUUCCUUUCCCACCUGGCUUCCGUAUGCUUUCUGGCGAUGCUGCGGCUCGAUCAUUCGACCCCAGCACCAUGACCUACGGAAACAAGACCUACGGCGGCACUCCGAUUUCCAACCGUGUCAGUUUUGCUUGUUUGGACAGCAGUGGGCCCGAGCCAGAGACCCCGGGCUUCAACUCUACCAAAUGUGACUCAGGCCUUCGCGCUCAGAUACACUUCCAAAGCUGCUGGGACGGUGUCAAUCUAUACAAAACUGACCAAAGCCACGUGGCGUACCUCUCUGGAAUGGACAACGGAAUCUGCCCGCCUGAUCAUCCAUAUCUGCUCCCUCACUUGUUCUUCGAAGUCAUCUAUUCCGUGGACAGUGUCGACCAAUCUGACGGUGGCAUGUUCGUCUUUUCCCAGGGUGACACCACCGGCUAUGGCUUCCAUGGUGACUUCUUGAAUGGCUGGGACGCUGAUGUUCUGGUGGACGCCAUCGACCAGUGCAUGGGCCCCAACGCGGUCAACAACGGUCAGAUCGGUCUGUGUCCACCGCUUCAAGCGUCCGUGGACCCGUACUUCAGCCAGAACUGUCCCGAACAGGCUCCCAUUGUCAAUGAGACUGUUCACGGUCUCUUGAAUGUGCUUCCAGGAUGCAACCCUCCAACAGGCGGACCUAUACGUGCCACUCAAAACAUCUGUCCUGUCCAGCCGAUGCUCAACUAUAUUCCCAAUCAAGACUGGAAGAACCGAUCCGUCGCCAUCCCGGGACAGUUGGUAGGUAGCUGGCAAUACAUGGGUUGUGCCCUCGACUCAAGCACACCUCGCCCGCUGGCCGGUCUGAGCUACACCAGUCAAUCCAACAUGUCCAUCGAGAGCUGUACAGCUUUCUGCAAGCAAAACGGCUACUUUAUGGCUGGCAUGGAGUACUCCAGUCAGUGCUAUUGCGCGAGUUCGCUGACGCAGCCGCUGCAAAGCCCACUCAAUUGCUCACAACAGGAUUACAUGAUCUGCACCGGCAACGAGUUCGAAUACUGUGGUGGACAGAGUCUCAUGCAGAUAUGGAACGACACCACAUACUCGGGCCCGGCAAUCAAGGGGACCCCUGUAGCUGGUUCGACAGUGAUGACCCUCCCGGGCGGUGGAAAUGCAACCUACCAAGGCUGUUACAUGGAGGGAGUAGGAGGCCGAGCCCUCUCGGGUACGUCCUUCUCGAACAGCACAGGUAUGACCCUGGAACUUUGUGCUGCGUUCUGCUCCAUGACCAACUCUGCGCUCUUCGGGACCGAGUACAGCCAAGAAUGCUACUGUGGUAACAGCAUCAGUACCACUUCCGCCCCGCAAUCAGCCUGUUCAUCCUUCUGUACGGGCGACAAGACCGAGUUCUGCGGGGGAGGCUCUCGCCUUUCUGUGUGGUCGUUAGGAAACUACCAGCCUCCCGCUGGAAGUCAGAAUGGCACUGGUACCGGCACCGGCACCGGCGGAAGCUCUGCGCCAUCAUCGACCCCCAGCGUUGUCCCCGCUGCCACAGGCGUAGCUUCGAUGGGCUGCUACAGCGAGACCACGCCGACACGAGCGUUGACCGCGCUCUUCACUGCUGGCACGUCGAUGACCAUCGAUUUGUGCGCGCAGCAAGCGCAACAGCUCAACCUGAAGUACUUCGGCGUCGAAUACGCUUCGCAGUGUCUCGCCGGCAGCGUGCUGAGCCCGUCGUCCACACCCAUCGCAUCCUCCAGAUGCAGCAUGGCCUGCGCGGGCAACAGCUCCGAGACGUGUGGCGGCUCCAACGCCAUCUCUCUGUACCAGAACACGCAGUACGUCGUGCCCAGCAACCCGAAUCCGGUCAACGUGCCGAACCAGCCCGGGUCCCAGUUCGCUUACGUGGGGUGCUACAACGAGGGCACCGGGGCGCGCGCGCUGGGCAGCACGGACCAGGCCGGCUCGGCGGCCACCACGUCGGCGACGCUGACGGUCGAGGCCUGCGCGGCCUUCUGCUUCUCCAAGGGCUACACCUGGAUGGGCGUGGAGAACGGCAACCAGUGCUUCUGCAACGCCGCGGGUGUUAUCAACGGCGCCACCCUCUCCGCCGGCGGCGACGCCGACUGCACCGUCACCUGCGCCGGCAACGCCACCGAGAACUGCGGCGCCUCGGCCAAGCUGAACGUCUACAAAAUGACCACGGGCAGCGCGAGUGCCCGGUACGCAAUGAUGGGGAAGAGAGGCGAGAGGGGCUUGAGGUUUCGAACGUGGUGA